CUGACACAGUAGUGAGAGUGAGAGCUCCUCCAUGGAAAUAUAACUUAUUAUACUUCUUAUAACUUCUUCUAAGUCGAGCUCUUCUGGAUGCCCACCUCACAGCUACACCCUUAAAAACUGCGGUAAGAGCCUGUCUGACCACCUGUGCCACAGCACGACUACAUCCUGGUCACUAUGGGCCGCACGCCACACAAAGACCAGAAAGAAGAAAAGAAGGAGAGGCCCAGUAAUAUCAGCAGCACUUCUGUGCUGGACAAAUCUAAUGAGCCCUUCAGUUGGGAAGACUACCUGAAAGAAACCUCCACUGUUGCUGCCUCACCCACGUGUUUCAAGCAGUCCAGAAUCCCCCCCUCCAAUGACUUCAAGGCGGGCAUGAAGCUUGAGGCUCGCGACCCUCGCAACGCCAACUCUGUGUGCAUCGCCACGGUGAUGGGCAUGGUGGGUACUCGCCUGCGCCUGCGCCUGGAUGGCAGUGACAACACCAACGACUUCUGGAGACUGGUGGACUCCUCUGACAUCCAACCCAUAGGAACCUGCGAGAGGACCGGGGACAUGCUGCAGCCCCCGCUAGGUUUCAGGAUGAACGCUUCAUCCUGGCCGAUGUUCCUCCUGCGGACGCUGAGUGGAGCAGAAAUGGCACCAGCCUCUUCCUUUAAGAAGGAACCGGCUUGCCCCGUGGAAAACUACUUUCAAGCUGGAAUGAAGCUGGAAGCCGUGGACAGGAAGAACCCCUACCUGAUUUGUCCCGCCACAGUGGGCGAGGUCAAAGGCCCGGAGAUCUUUGUCAUGUUUGACGGCUGGCGAGGAGCCUUCGACUACUGGUGCCCCUUCGACUCCAGAGACAUCUUCCCCGUGGGCUGGUGUGCCCUGACCAAGCACAGUCUGCAACCGCCCGGAAACUUCUUCACCCUCCCAGGUGCCCUCCUGGCCCCCGUGUCCUCCUCCUCGCCAUCCCUGUCCACACGCCGCUCCACCUCCAACUCCUCGUCCUCCUCCACCAUGCAGACCUCCUACAGACUGCCCAACCCGCUGCCCCCCCUGCCCGUGCGCAAGGGGGUCAGAGGUCGCCGGCCCAAGUCGCAGACCAUCGCUCUGUUGAAGGCGGCGGCCGAGGCGGCGGCGGCUGAGGCGGCGGCGGCGAGCGUGAACGGAGCGCCAGAGAGCCCUGUGAGGGCCACUCAGCUGGCCCCCCACAGACCACAUAGGAAGCGAGGGCCCAAGCCUGGGAGCAAGAGGAAGUCCCGGGUGGUGCCGUCGCUGGAGUCGUCAUCCAUCAAAGCUGCUCCGCCUCCAGAGAGCAGACUGAGCUCCAGCCACGUCUCGGUGGACAGUCACCAUAGCAACAGCACCAGCGUGGUCUGCACAGUCUGCGUCUACGUCAACAAACACGGCGACUACGGCCCGCAUCUGGACCGCAAACUGGUGCAGCAGCUGCCAGACCACUUCGGUCCUGCUCCCGUCAACGCCGUGCUGCAGCAGGCCGUGCAGGCGUGUGUGGACUGUACGUACCAGCCCUCGGUCCUGCUGGCCUUCCUGCAGAGCCAGUCCCACACAGGAGGAGAGGUCAUCCGAGUGCGCUCCGAGCACGGCAUCCGCUACGUCAAGCUGCCCUCCGUCACCUGCGCCUCCACCGUGCUCCGGUUCUUGGAGAACAUGUGUCAGCACCUGGAGAGUGUCAGCCUCUUCAGCACGCAGCCCUUCAGCUCCUACAACAAGAACACACGCUUCUUGGACAGGACCAAGUCAGAACCAGUGUCCCAGACGGAGAACGGUGUGUCCAAGGAUGAGAGCAUCAAAGAUGGUGUUGCCAAGGCGAGGUCUCCUCACGUGACCACAGACUACCGGGCGGCGAAGAGGGAGCGGCCAUAUUACACCUCCCACUCGCACACACCUCCACCUGUGCGGCGAGUCAGCUCCACCCCCAGCGAGCAAAGCCAGGUGUUGAGUCACAGACGUGUGGAAGCAGCCAGCUCCACUACAGGACCAGACCAUGUGACUCAGGACAAGGACACUUUAGCCACUGACGCUACUUCCUGGUCAGUUGAGGAAGUCAUACGCUUUGUGCAGGAGGCUGACCCACUUACCCUUGGUCCUCAUGUGGACCUCUUUAGGAAACAUGAGAUCGACGGGCGAGCGCUGAUGUUGCUGCGCAGUGAUGUCAUCAUGAAGUACAUGGGACUGAAGUUAGGUCCUGCUCUCAAACUCUGUCACCACAUCGACAAACUGAAACUAAGCAAACAAUGAAAGUACUUUCUUCUUCAAGUACUCCGUCAUGUCCUCAUGCUGCUGUCAAUCAUUCUUCCAAAUCAACCACACAAGCAUGACAUCAUUGCUCUUUGAUGUUCUCUCGUGUAAUCUAUUACUUACAGAGCAGCGUUGUGGUGAUCAGCAGCAGAAAUAUGAGGCAUGCUUUUAUGUCAUGAUGUCUUUAUACAACUGAAAAACUUCUUUUUUCUAUCAAAUUAUGCUGACGGUUUUAGUGAAAAACUACUUGUAAAAAUACAUUGUUUUAAAGCAUUCAGUGUUAAAAAAUUCAGUAUUAAAAAAAAUCAGUGUAAAAAACAUUUGUGUAAAAAAUAUUUUGUGUAAAAAAACAAUCAGUGUAUAAAAAUUCAGUGUAAAAAAUUUGAUUGUAAAAAAAAAAAAUCAGUCUAUGAAAAUUCAGUGCAAAAAAAGGCAGUGUAUAAAAUUUCAGUGUAAAACAUUUUCU